AUGUCCACCGACGGUCUUUUCGAGCCAGUCCCUGGAGUCGAACCUACCAAAGGCGGCGCCUACCUCUGGCGCUACAGCCCCAGCGUACCCGCGGCAGCCAUAUUCUUGGUGCUCUUCAUGGCUUCUUUGCUCUGCAUAGUCUGGAAGAUUUGGAAGACAUGUACCUAUUUUUGCAUCGUGUUUGCUAUCGGUUGCUUCUUCGAGAUGGUCGGGUAUGGCGUCCGCGCGGGUGCUUAUAGCAGAACCGGCAAAAUCAUGCCGUAUGCCGUUCAGAACAUGUUCAUCCUCGUUGCCCCCGCCCUCUUUGCUGCCUCGAUUUACAUGGUUCUUGGUCGAAUCAUCAGAGGACUCAACGCCGACAAACACUCUCUUCUUAAGCCAACAAAGUUGACAAGGACUUUUGUACUUGGAGAUGUAUUAUCCUUUAUGAUCCAAGGCGGCGGCGCGGGUAUAAUUGUCGUACUCGGCCUUGCGGUUCAGAUCGUCAUCUUUGGUCUAUUCUGCACUGUGUCCGUGGUCUUUCAUCGACGUAUGAUCCGAGAACCAACGGCCGAGUCGAUCGGAACCAUUGUGCCCUGGGAGUCAACUCUUUAUAUGCUUUACUUUGUCAGUCUUCUCAUUAUGAUCCGAUCUAUCUUUAGGAUCAUCGAGUAUGCUCAAGGCUACACUGGAUACUCUCUUUCUCAUGAAUGGACGUUGUACAUAUUCGAUACUUUGUUAAUGUGGCUGGUAACUGUUAUCUAUAUCUGGCGAUACCCGGAUGGGCUCAAGGCGAAUGCUGGUCAUGUCCGCUGCAACAGCAUGCUUCUGGAACAGGUUCACAUUAAUAAGUAA